CGUGCCGGCUUGCGCGUGUGCGAGAGGCCGGUGCGAAGUGGGCCAUUAGUACAAGCCAAGGCCAUUAGAGCGCUUUGGGCAGGGUACUCGGGUUAAGUGCAUCGUAAAGGUUUCAAGUGCCUCACCUGGCUCUGGAGGGAGUCCACAUACUGUUCCAUCUGCUAGUAAUCUAGAACUCUGACAAAGAUGAUGGCCAGCCUGCUGGGAUCAAAGGUGGAGGAAAAACCACAUGAACCAGAAAAACCUAUUGAUAGGGAGAAGACUUGUCCGCUGCUUCUUCGCGUGUUCUGCAACACGAACCGGCACCACUCGCUGGCGGAGUACUCCAGAGGCAACGUACCGGCCAAUGAGCUUCAAAUCUACACGUGGAUGGACGCGACUCUGAAGGAGCUGACCUCGCUGGUGAAGGAGGUCAACCCGGACGCCCGCCGCAAGGGCACCUUCUUCGAUUUUGCCCAGGUGUACCCGGAGAUGGGUGGACGGGGCAUGGGCCACCGUAUGCGCGAGAUCGGCUCCACCUGCUCCGGCCAGAAGGGCGCCGACGACGCUAAGACUCUGGGCUCCGUCCGGUUCACCAUCGGGGACUACAUGGACGUCGCCAUCACGCCUCCCAACAUGCGGGGCGGCCCGAUGAUGAGGAGGAUGCGGCCGUUCUAGGCCCGCCCGGCUUCGGCUCCGGCUCUGCCAGUCCAGUCACGUGUGCCACGACCGGAGCGAUGAGGCGGCCGUCGGGUGCGCUCGUUGACCAGCCCGCGGGCACGGAGGUGGCAGUGGAUGCGGCCAGUCCACCGCGGCACGUCGCGGAGCUGGGGACUCGGAGGAGAACCGGACGUGUGUGCUCAUCUCAUGUGUUUGUGCUGGUGUGGGUGUGUGCGGGCACGGACAGGAGUUGUGUUCGACUCGCAUCGCUGGAGAUUGGUGACUGUGCGGCCUCUGGUGCAUGGUAAAUUGUGAAUGGUUUUGAUCGUUGUCAUCACCCAUUCUUAUACACAUUUUUUCGGAAAAUAAAUGGCCUAGAUGUGAA